GAGAGAGUUUGAAAAAAAUUUAGAAGAAUUAGAAAAAAGUAAAGAUCAACAAAUUAAAGAACUAGAAGAAGAAAUAAGAGAAUUGGAAGAGGUAUUAGAAUUAGAGGAAAAUAUUUCUAAAUGUCAUUUAGAUGUGCUUGAAGUAGCUAGAAAAUGA